AGGGAGGGAGUUGAGCGCACCUCUGCUCUGUGUUGGAUGUGGUUGGCUGAGUGACGUACGCGCAAGUCGGAGGGAGCGCUUCACUCUGCGCAAUAAAGAGAGAGAGAGAGAGAGCGAGAGAGAUGCAGGCCACUCAGUGAAGGAGGAGAAGCGCGCCAAGGAGCGAACGAAGUCGCACCAGCACUGGCACCAGCACCGGCACCAGCAGCAGCACCGGCACCAGCAGCAGCACCGGCACCAGCACCAGCAGCAGCACCAGCAGCAGCAGCAGCAGCAACACUCACCGCCGUGCCAGCGCCCGCCGACGCAUCUCACGGCCAACUGAGAGGAGCAAACAUGCUGCGGCCUUAUUAAAAGUCACGUUUCAGCACAUCACAUCUGCAGGCUUCUACGAACGCGACGCAAACGGCAGGACCUCGGCUUUUUUUUCUUGAGCGCACCAUGGGAAGCAAGACUCUGGCAGCUCCUGUCCCUCUUCACCCAUGGCUGCAGCUGGCUAACUAUUCCCUUCUCCAGAGCUCCACGGGCCUUCAGCUCCCAACAGAGCACUUGCACAGCAUCUACAGCUUCAGCGCCCUGCAUGCCGUUCAGCUUCACCAAUGGAGCCCGGGCUACCUGCCCGUGGCUUUGCCCCGCUGCGCCAAACUGCCUGUCCACCUCUCUUCUAUGGCCUCCAUCCCUCUCUUCCCUUAUCAGCUGCAGCGAAAGCAGGACUCGGCAGGUGGCACGCAGAGCUCAAAGAGCAAACCUCGCUUUGACUUUGCCAACCUGGCCACGGCGGCCACCCAGGAGGAUCAUCUGAAGGCGGAAGACCUGAGCAUGUCGGGGGUCGCCGCCGCCGCAGCCGCCGCAGCCGCCGCAGCCGCCGCAGCCGCAGCUUCAUCUCACCACUCGGAGCCAAGUGGCCUCGGGUGCCUCCUGGAUGUGAGCAAGCUGGCUUACCCGGAGCGCAAGUCCGGUCGAGGCCGCUUGCCCUCCAAGACCAAAAAAGAGUUUGUGUGCAAAUUCUGCGGGCGCCAUUUCACCAAAUCCUACAAUCUGUUGAUCCACGAGAGGACGCACACGGACGAGAGGCCGUACACUUGCGACAUCUGCCACAAAGCCUUCAGAAGGCAGGACCACCUCCGAGACCACAGGUACAUUCAUUCCAAAGAAAAGCCCUUCAAGUGUCAGGAAUGUGGCAAAGGCUUCUGUCAGUCGCGGACACUGGCUGUCCACAAAACCUUACACAUGCAAGUCAAGGAACUCAAGCCAGCCAAGAUGAAAUGAUGCUUCAAGGGGAAAGCAAGGAAGCAAGCAAGCAAGCAAGCAAGUAAGGAAGCAAGCAAGGAAGAAAGCAAGGAAGCAAGGAAGGAAGGAAGGAAGGAAGGAAGGAAGGAAGGAAGGAAGGAAGGAAGGAAGGAAGGAAGGAAGGAAGGAAGGAAGGAAGGAAGGAAGGAAGGAAGGAAGGAAGGGACAGGACCAUGUAUACGCUUCACUAUGACCAAAUAGCAUAAUCAACCAAAGACUUGCUGGUAGGAGAUUCUUCCAUCCACAUGUGUGGGAACGCUGCUCUGCUCAAGGAUGAAGCCUUUCACCAGCAAUUUCUUACUAGAUACAAAAAGAAGCCUUUGUGAACAAGUCCAUGAAUAGUUAUGAGAGUUGUCUUAACAGAGACCCCAGUGGCUAUGUGGAAUGUGAAAUAGCAAUGCAAUUUGAAAAACUGCAGAAACUUGUAUUCCAAAGACAAGGUCCCGCCAUUUUUUCUGCAAGGCAGGAUGAUCAAAGCCAUCUUAGCACAGUUCCCUCCAUUUCAAUGGAACAUUCCAAUUUUUGUACAAAUGGAUUAUCAGAAAUGUAUUUUUGCACUUUAAUCUAAUUAUUGAUUUGUUGUUUUUCUUCUUCUAUAUAUCACUGGAUCUUAUUUUCAGAACAAAUAAUCAUUUUGGAAUAAAAUAUUUGAGUGUAA